UCCACCUAGGUUGUCCGUCCGGAUGUGUAAGCCGGAGUUGGUGACGCCCAAAACGCCAACCCCACGAGAGAAGAAGCCGCUCUCUGACAUCGAUGACCAAGCCAGCCUCCGCUACCAAAUGCCCGGCCUGUGGUUUUACCAGCCCAAGACGGCCGCGGCAUCUAAACUCGGGAACGGCAACAACGACGAUGAUGAUCCGGCUAGCCUCAUUAAGGAUGGUUUGGCGAAGGCCUUGGUGUAUUUCUACCCGCUGGCCGGCAGGCUCUUCGAAGGCCCCAACAAGAAGCUCAUCGUUGAAUGCAAUGGCGAGGGAGUGCUUUUCGUGAGGGCGGAGGCCAACCUUCCCCUCCGCAAGCUGGACCGUUUUGUGCAGUCGCCGUCCCCCUAUCUCCGCAAGCUUCUGCACCACGUCCCUGGCUCCGAUGGUAUCACCGGCGCCCCUCUUCUCCUUAUUCAGGUGACGCGUUUCACUUGCGGCGGCUUUGCGCUUGGCGUCCGGUUCAACCACACCAUGGUGGACGGCUAUGGGCUCGCCCUCUUCUUAAACACGGUCUGCGAAUUAGCCACCGGCGCUCCAGAGCCAUCGGUUUUGCCGGUCUGGGAGAGACAGCUGCUAUCCGCUGCUGAUUCAUCAUCGCCGACGACGAUUGAGCACGCCGUGGCGCCCACCAGUACCAACAUGCGGUUCAAGCUGCUCGACAUGGAGUGGUGGGCCAGCGUGGUUGUGGACUUCGAAAAAAUGGCAGCCCGGUCCCGUUUCUUCUUCUUCCCCGCCAUUCUGAAACUCAUUCUGGCUCAACGCUCAUUCACCCUCACUCCGCAAGACAUCCAAGCCCUGAAAGACCAAGUUAUGGAGGAAGGCUUCGGCAAGUGCUCCACGUUUGAGGUGAUCUCCGCGUGUUUGUGGAAAUG